UCAACUAUCUGAAGCAACCGACUCUUUGCUGUUGAACAUUUUAUUUGUUGUCGUUAGAAAACUAUUCAUCCGUCGUUCAGGCAAAAUAUUUACGAAAGUCGUGCCAUCGACAUUAAGUUCUAGCCAUCAUGAAUCGAAAUGGACUUUACAAAAUGUCGGGUCUAAGAUGUGCAAAUUCUGCUAAAGCCCGAGCCCAAAGAAUAGAUGAACAAAAUGGGAAUCGUCGUACAGCCCGGCAAGCGAAGAAUGAUGCUAAAAGAGGUCUUGUGGAAAUUGACCCAAACGUUUUGAAUGCCAGCCAAAAGAAUUCCAAUGUGACUGCUGAGUUAACCCAUCAACAAAAAUUGCAAGAGAGGUUAGCUAGGCUACAAAUAUGGCGUCAGGAGAAAAUAGCAGCUGAAGAAAAAGCAAAGGCAACCAAAAAAGCACCCUUUUUAGUGCCAGGUGUUUCAAAAGUUAAUAAAGCCAUGGUUGAAACAAUUCCUUCGACAAGCAUAAAAGUGGCUAACACAAGAGUCACUCGAUCACAGACCAAAAAACCUGUGGAACCAGUAAAACAAUGGACUAUCACGUCAAAUAAUUCUUUACCAGGAAAAAAACAACCAAAUAAUGAAAAGAAAGAAAAUGAAGCACCAAACAAUGAAAAAUCAUUUGCUCCAAAAGGAUUUGUUUUUACUGCACCCAAAGAAAUAUCAGUGAAAGCUAUGGAGAUUCAAGAUGCAAUUAAUGUGCAAAAUAAGGAUACUUGCUCUAAAUCUGGAACACCACAAAGGACAAUGUCCUCUGGUGCUGAAAAUGAAGACAUCAGAAUCUCACCACUUGUGGUUAACCACCCUUGGAUUUCUACUACAAGAGGUUCCUCAUCCAAGAAACAACGAAUGAGCCUGGAAAUAUUUUCAAACCAAGAGCCUCUGUCUUCUCCAAUCCUGAAGAAGAGAUCUACCAGCGAAAGAAAGUCUGUGGUGGAACUUAGCAACCCGGAUGCCGUAAAGUUUCGAGCCCUUAUGGCUAGUGAAGGAACCCGUCUGACAGAUCUUUGCAAUAGCUAUGAACAACUCCUGACAAGUGGUGAUAUUCCUGAAGAGGAAACCGGCUCGGUUCGCACCGUUAUUGGUCAAGCACAUCUUCUUCAACGAGAGCGAUUUACACAAUUCGCAGGCCUCGUUAAUCAGUUUGAAAAUAAAACGGGCGAAAAAGAAAUCACAGCAUCCGAUUUAGAAGGAUUUUGGGAAAUGAUUUAUCUGCAGGUUUCAGAUGUCGAUAAAAAAUUUGAAGAAUUGGAAAAACUGAAGGAGAGUGGUUGGGUACGUACUGAGGAUGUUCCAGAACAGAACAAAAAGCUUAAAGUUACCACUAAAAAGAAAGCUCCCGUUGCUCGCCCAGCCAAAUCGAAUAUGCGGGCUCUUAUCGCUGCGGCCCGCAAAAAACAACUAGCAGAGAAAAGCUGUGGAUCGCCUUCUAUUAAAAGAAGAAGUUCUCUUCUCAUGUCUCCCGCAAGAACCCCGGGAAAACGGCAAUCCCUGAGACGAUCUGUUUUACUAAAUUCUGCCAAAAAACCUGUAUUCAUCGUAACAGGCAUCGCACCUUCUGAUGUAGAAGAACCAGCCAAGGAAAAUGAUGCAGUAGCCGUAAACGUCACUCCGGGCCGAAAAAAGACCUACAGCCGACAAACAGAACAGGGCAUUGAUUCCGUUAGCUCCGAAGAACGUUUGUCAGUUGAAUUUGAUACUUUGAAAAACGACCCAGAAUCGGCUGACUGUGUAACGCCCCUCAGAGUUUUCCGUUCUCCCCGUGAAAUCAAACCUUCAAAUGUUCAACUGCAAACCGGAAACGACGCACCUGAAGUAGAAGAAAACGUUUUUUGUAGCCCACGUCGAAGCACUAGAAUUCGCGGCCUCAAUAACAGCAAAAUCGUCCCUAUGGGGCGGGCAAGCCUCCUUCCAACUAACUAUCUUUCGCCCGUUACGCCGAGUGAGAAUUUAAUCUCAUUUGAUUGAAGCAAUGAAGGUUUAAGCGCUCAAACACCAAGGUAUGUGCCAAUACCAUCCGUAUGUGUUUCCCUUCUUAAAAUUGUUUUUGCCACAUGUGCUUGUCUUUUUUUCUUCCACGUAAAACGAAUUGCGUUUCUUAUCAACUAUGUUGAUCUUCCAAUCAAAGUAAAGUGUGAAAAUAACUGGACCAGCAAUAAAGUAAAUACCUAUGUAAUCAUGUCGUCCUUGAGAUAAGCCGUGUUUGAAAACAACAUUCCUUGUUAGUGAUUUCGUUUCAAUAAACACAGCAUGCAACAGGUA